GUGUUUUUGGUCUUACUGACGGUAUUAACACAGAAAACCUUACGAGGGGCGUUCCAGUCUCGGCGAUUAUCACAUUGGCUGCAUUGACCCGUUCGGACAAAUUUCGAGCAUAUCGCCGAGACACAGCAAGUGACAAUCACUGACAUUGUGUUGGGCAGAAUUCCCAGAUCUGGCUCAUAAUCUUGGCGCCAAGGCCAUGAGCUUGGUUUCCCAUUACGUAGGGUUUGAAUGGCAAGUUCUGAAGCAGUAAUCUCCCAGCCCGCUUUCGGUAGUCUGGUUGUGCAAAUAUUUCAUUCUAUGUCAGAGCUUGAUACUAAUAGAGCUCCUUCUCUCUGUUCUCCGAGCCCAGCAACGCUGAACUCGUCAAUUAGCGAUCUCUGGGAAGGUAAUCACAUCGAAAACGAAUAAUAAUGCAAGUUGAGAAGCAUGGCCUUUCCCCCUAACCAGGAGCUUGUACGUGCUCCCUCAGCCAGCUAGCUCGCUCGCUGACUUAACGUAGGUCUGAUAGAGGAGCUCGGCAUUGCGCAAGAGGAAAGCUUGACCCGAAGGAAUUCAGUCGGCGUCUCCAGGAAUAUGGCCAUUACAAACCGGAUCAAGGCGAGGCAACUAAAUGAUCGAGAUCCUCGCUCAAAGUUUUUCAGUUCGUAUCCGGGGGCUCAAUUAAAUAGCCACAGAUGAAAGCGCAUGACAAAGGAUAAAGCUUACUCGGUCAGAUUCGGUCAGUCUUGAGGGCCCCGUAACCUUGGUUAAGCCCACUGUCAUAUUUUUUGUUUUUGUUUUCGCCCCAUUGAAAUCCCCAAAUUACAUCAUGGUGAUUUAAUCUCUAUUUUCACAACUCUUGGAUGGGUACACUGGUUUAAUGCCUGAUUUCUGGUGAGUGUGUCAUUCUUUUGCCCAUGCAGCAACCUAGGAGACUUCUGGAUUCGUCCUCGCACGGCACUGCCCCCACACUUGGUGCUUCAACGCUUGGCGGGGGAAGGUCGAAAUCUUCGUAGCGCCGUGCACCCAAGGUCUCCGUACCCCGGACCCUCUUCAUAGGCAGUUUGCCCACUGAUCAUCCACUAUGGUUGGUUGUCGAGUUUCUUCCUUGGCCAGCCCAACCUCUGGAUGCAGCCAUCGCUCUGGGCGCCAAGCUAUUUUCAGCUUUUUCACCAAUAGCUGCUAUCAAUGAUUCUCCAUUUCACAUUGCCCACACGGGACAGAGAUUUCACGGAAGCACUUUCCUGGGUCUUUUAAGAAGUUGGGCGCGCGCCAUCGUGUUGCUAAAUUUUUUGGUCAUCCUUCCUUCACCAAGCUGAUUCUUUCAUUCCCCCUUAAGAGCAUUGUUUCUUUUAGUUGCCACUAAAGGAGCUACUGAACGAUUCGCUUGAGGUAAUGGCAAAAGAGAAAGCCGCAGGGCCGGGCGGAGUACGCCCUGGCCAUGCGGAGCUGAGCCAACCUGCCUAUUGCCUUUCCUUUGAAGUCGUCCUGAAAGAGAUUGGCACGGACAUUGACGAAGGGUUGACCAAAGAGGAGGCCGCCCGUCGCCUUCAGCAGUACGGCCCGAACAAGCUUGAUGAAGGCGAGAGCGUCUCCAUUUUCAAGAUUCUCGUGCGCCAGGUGGCCAACGCAAUGAUGCUAGUCCUGAUUCUGGCCAUGGCGGUCAGUUUCGGAAUUCAAUCCUGGAUUGAAGGUGGUGUUAUUGCAGCAGUCAUCGUUUUAAACAUUGUCGUCGGCUUUUUCCAAGAGUAUGCAGCUGAAAAAACGAUGGAGUCCUUACAUAACUUAAGCUCUCCCACUGGAACUGUUACUAGAGGGGGCGAAACCUUUUCGAUUCCGUCCACUGACAUUGUCCCUGGCGAUAUGAUCGAAUUGAAAACCGGCGACACCAUUCCCGCGGACGUCCGGCUAGUGGAAGCCGUGAACUUUGAGACCGAUGAAGCACUUCUGACCGGCGAGUCUCUGCCCGUCCAAAAGGAGUGCAACUCUACCUUCAAAGAAGGUACUGGCCCCGGAGACCGGUUGAAUAUCGCCUAUAGUUCCAGUACAGUCACACGCGGCCGUGCUCGAGGUGUAGCCGUCAAUACGGGCAUGGCGACCGAAAUUGGAUCAAUCGCUGCUGCCCUCCGUGCCACUAACAGCAAACNAGAUAGCGACUGCUAA